GGCGGCUGCAGACGGCGGCGAGUGGUGCAAAGCCGAGAGCGGGCAGGCGGGAUGCAAGGAGCGGGUCCCCCGGAAGCAGUGGGGAAGACACCACUUCCUCGCCCUCCCCGGGUUGGGGAUCCUGUAGGAAGCAUACUGCUCAAGGUUUGGCCCUCUUCUAGUCCAGGCGGCAGCUGCGUGAGGAGCUUUUCGGCAGGAUCCAGCGGGAGGCAGGCAGUGGGACAGCAGCUGGAAGCGCCCUCCAGGGCUGGCGUGUGGUGCAGCCCCUGCCUGAGGCCAGAUCGUCCAAGCCCCCGGGCAGAGCCAUCCUCUGACCUCUACAUCCCGCUGACCAGCGCAGACCUAGCGCCCACACUUCCCACAGAUUGGGUCGAAAUGGCAUCCAAGAAAAAGCUUAAUGAAUAUUGUCAAGCACAUGGAUUAAAGGUGUCGUAUGAGAUUGUCAGGGAGGAAGGCCCACCUCAUGAUCCCAAGUUCACUGUUAAGGCUGUAAUAAAUAAAAAAGAAUAUCCUCCAGCUGAAGGUCAAUCCAAAAAAAAAGCAGAAGAUGCAGCAGCAAAAGCUGCAUUGGAGUCUAUUGAAAAAGAAAGGAAGCCUGAGUGCGCCUCAAAUGUACAACCUUUGGUAUCACUGCUACGACCGGCACCUUUAGCAGAUGUAGCAGAAAAGAAACCAUCACCUUCUAGGGUGGACUGUAUUUCUUUAUUGUCCCAAUAUGGACAGAAGAACCACUGUAUGGUUACCUAUUCUGAAGAGUCGCAGUCUGGAUUACCUCAUUUACCAAAGUUUACUUGUUCCUGCAAAAUUAGUGGGAAGAUUUAUGGAAAAGGAACUGGAAAUAGUAAACAGGAGGCAAAGUAUGCUGCAGCAAAAGAAGCAUAUUACCAGUUAAUGGAUUCAGAAAAUUCAAGGACAGAGGACCAACCAUCUAUUGCCAGUUCCACAGCUGAUGAAUUUAGUGAUACCAGUGAGGUAUCACUUCAGCCAGUAUCAAAUGAUGCUCACUCUCUGAACUCAGUUGACACAGGAAAAACAAAUGACAAUUCUUUAUCUUGUCAGGCAAUUUCCAGGAAUGCUGUUGUGAAACCUAAGAGAGGAGGAGUGACACUGGCAGCUAAAUUCUCAUAUCUGGAGAUCAAGGAAAAUAAGUACACAAUGAAUGGAAGAUUUCUCAAGGAUUUUGAAGGUAUAGAGUUUAUUGGUUCUGGUGGAUUUGCGAAUGUUUUCAAAGCAAAACACAAAUACGAUGAGAAAACCUAUGCUAUUAAACAAGUUGAGCUUGAUGAUAAAGUAAAACGUGAAGUAGAAGCACUAUCAAAUCUCAGCCAUGAAAAUAUCAUAAGGUAUUAUACUUGUUGGUCUGGGGAUGACUUCAUCUUUGACGAGAGCAAUUCAAGUCAAAGAAAGCGCCGAUUAUAUUCUUGCCUUUUCAUCCAAAUGGAAUUUUGUGAGAAAGGGACACUAAUGCAUUGGAUUGAUAAGCAAAGAGGGAAGCAACAUAACCAGGGUGUCUCUCUAAACAUAUUUGAACAAAUAGUGAAAGGAGUGGAAUAUAUUCAUUCUAGAGGUUUAGUCCAUAGAGACCUUAAGCCUCAGAACAUAUUCAUAUCAAGGGAAGAUAAAAUAAAAAUAGGUGACUUUGGACUUGUAACUUCAGUGAAGGAUGAGCCUCGGACAAAAAACAGGGGAACAAAAUCAUAUAUGAGCCCAGAACAGGAUGGAGACACUUAUGAACAGGAAGUAGAUAUAUAUGCGUUAGGUUUAAUUUUUUUUGAAAUUCUUUGGAUAUUUCCCUCUGCCCAUGAAAAAAAUAAGUUGUGGCCGGAAAUAAGAAAAGGCACAUUUCCAGAUGCUUUCAACACUCAGUUUUGUGCAGAGAAAUACGUCAUUGACCAACUGCUUUCAGCAGACCCUAAAAAGAGACCUGCAGCAUCCAAGAUAUUGAACCUUUUGAAAGUCACUUCUAAAAAUAUAGUUACUGCCUCACACACUCAUUAAUCUGCUUUUGAAGAAACUUUCUCACUCUGUUUAGAUCUGGAUAUUGAUUUCUUUCAAAAGUGGAGAAAAACAAGCUUAUUUAGUACCCUUGACCAAACCUUUGGGUUGCGAGACCGAAAGCUGCUUUUAUGGUGUGAUUGGGACAAAUUGCUAUUUACAAAGACCUUGGAAUGAAAUAGAGCCUGGGGUCCUCAUGCUUUCUCUCAUCUAAGAGCUUGUGGUCAGUAUCCUCUUUCACAAGCAGAUAAGCAGAAUCAUGGACCCAUGGUAAUUUUCUUCCAGUGUUGUGGAGCACUAGUUCAUGGUGCUUGGGAAGAAAACAGGGGAAAGUUCCUUUUUGUGGCUUCUGGUAUGGAAAAGCAUGGAAGGGACCAAAUCUGGCCCUUAAUGUUGCUGCUGCUCCCUGUUUAUAAUUGCUUGCUCUAUCACAGUAAUUAAAUAGUCAUUUAAUAGUCACAGUAUAAUAGUAAUUUAAUUUUGUGUCACCAAGAAAUAUGAACAUUUCUAUUUCAGAGAAUUUAGGAAAAGCUUCCAACAGUGUUUCGGUUGCACUAGCAGGAAGUCUUAUUGGAGACCAGGCAUUUAUGGCUUCUGCUGCCUUCAUUGUUUCUCAGAGUCUGCUAAAAGCCUGGAAGCUGCUCCAGACAAGGUCUCUGUGUUGUGCUGUUAACCUAGCUAUAAUAGUAUUUGUAUAAUUAACAAGUGCUGUUCCCAAAGCUUUGCUGAUGCUAACAUAUGAAGGAAAAAUUUGGGGCCUCUUCAAGUGCAUCACAAACUGAUUUUAUUCCAAGUAUUAUUUCUAUUUGUUUCUAUUGAAAACUGAAGAUGAGUUAGCAUGUACCAAAUG